AUGGAUCAGCCUUGGUUAGUUUUGGGUGAUUUUAAUGUUAUUCGCAGGGAUUCGGAAAGUGUUGGUGGGAAUCCUCGGCCUCUUAUUUCGAUGUUAGAGUUUAACGACUGUAUAGAUCAUUGUGGUCUGUUGGAGACAUCUAGUUCUGGCCAGAACAUGUCUUGGUGUAAUGGGCAUGGGGGAGCAUCCAGAAGUUGGGCAAAACUUGAUAGAGUGCUCAUGAAUAAUGCUUUUGCCAGCCUCUUUCCUUCAGUUCACUUCAAUUAUUUGAGCCGUAAAUCUUAUGACCAUUGUAUGAUGGUAGUGUUCUCAGAUCAUCUUGCUACUUCCUAUGGCCUUUCUCCGUUUCGUUUUCUGAAUAUGUGGUGUUUACAUGAUGGGUUUUUAAUGUGUGUGAAGGAAGCUUGGAAUAAACAGGAUGUGGCGUCUGGGCUUCUUAAGCUUUCUAUUCGUCUGAAAAGAGCUAAGCUUGCGCUUCGUGCUUGGAAUAAAAAUGUUUUUGGAAAGGUGGAUGUGAAUAUCCGUGCUCUGGAAGAGAGGUUAGAUUUUCUGGAAAACCAGCUUCAAUCUGAUUUUUCUGAGGAGCUUGAGGAUGAUUUUGUGGCUACUAAGACCGAGAUCGAAAUAUGGGAGAAAAGGGAAGCUUCUCGUCUAGGCCAAAUUGCUAAAAAGAAAUGGUUGACUGAGGGGAUCAAAACUCGAAGUUUUUUCAUUCGGUUAUUAACCAAAGGCGAUAUUAUCAAAGAAGAUGUGGUGGAGGCUGCUAGAGAUUUUUUCAGGGGUGCUCCUCUAUCCAGGUUUUAUUCUUCCUCUUUUAUUGUUCUUAUUCCGAAAGUGCCUGAGCCUUCCGGUUUUGAUAAAUUCCAUCCUAUUAGUUUGUGCUCUGUGGCUUAUAAAAUCUUUUCGAAGAUUAUUGUGAAUCGUCUUAAUUCUAUUCUUGAUAGUUUGGUCUCUCAUGAACAAGGUGCAUUUAUUUCUAGGCGUAGUAUUUUUGAGAAUAUUACUCUUGCUCAGAAGAUGUCUGCCAGGGGUCUUCGUCAAGGGGAUCCUCUCUCUCCUUAUCUUUUCAUCCUCAUGGAAGAAGUGUUGACAAGGCUUCUCAGAAAACAUUUUGAAGAAGGUCAGAUUGGCAAAUUUAGUCAUCCUAUUGGUGCUCCUUUGGUUUCUCAUUUACUUUAUGCUGAUGACAUCCUUAUUUUUGCUAAUGGGGGUAAGAGGUCUAUUAAAAAUCUGAUGCAUACUCCGGAUAUUUAUGAGAGGCGGUCUAGUCAACAAAUUAGCAGGGACAAAUCUGCUCUUUUCCUAUCUAAGUUGAUCUCGACUUCAAGAAAGAGGAGUUUGUUGAGUCUCACGGGCUUUAAGGAAGGUAAGUUUCCUGUUACCUACUUGGGUGUGCCGUUGUUUGCCUUCCGUAUUUUGUCUUCCAACAAUCUUUGGUCUGAUUUUUUUCGUGCCAAAUACCUUCGUCAUGGCCAUUUUUCUACUUACAAGGCGAGGCCAAUUGAUUCUAGAUUCUGGAGAUCGAUUGUUAAGAUGCUGCCGAAAGUUAUGGAUAAUGUGAAUGUCCUUGUGCGUGGUGGUAAUGCUUCCUUUUGGUUUGAUAGAUGGUUGGCUUCGGGUCCCCUUUCGAUACAUGUGGAAGAUGUUAUUAAUAACGGAUUGCGUCUUCAAGAUUGUUGGUCCAAUAAUCUUUGGGAUGAGGAUUUUCUUAGGGAGCUGGUUAGUGAGGAGGUUGUUGAGGAAAUUCUUCAGAUGCCUAUUAAUGAUACUCGUGGUCCGGAUUUAUUUGUGUGGAAACCUUCCACUAAUGGCAGGUUUUCUACUCGUACAGCUUGGGAGGUGGUGAGAAAAAGAGGUCAGGAAUUACCAUGGCAUGAUUGGUUCUGGCACCAGCUUCUUCCUAAACGAAUCUCUAUAUGCUUGUGGAAAAUUUGGAUGGAAUGUCUGCCUGUGGACAUUCAGGUUCAAAGGAAAGGUGUAUCUCUGGCCUCUGCGUGUGAUUGUUGUGAUAGGAGGUGA